CACGGGCUCGGCGCCCUCCAAUCUGGGAACUAGGUGCCCCCUCCCCCCUCUCCCCAAAGCUCUCCUCCUGCGCAGCUUGGGGUGUCCCGACCCUGCGGGAGGACUCCCCCGGCUGGGGAGGCAAAGGCCCCAGACCAGAGGGCAGGGUGUAGUCCCCACCUCUGUCCCGCGGACGCAGCCCUCCAGCAGGGCCCGCUUUGGGUACCGGCCCACGCUCCCGGCCCAGUGCUCGGGGCUGCUGCCUUCCCAGCCUGAGCAAGUCGCUCACCAAUGGGCCUGCCUCCGGUGCCAGGCCAGAGGCUGGGCACACUCUCGGGGGUCUCUGGUUCAUUCCAGCCCCGGGGUACCCUUGAGGGAGAUCCCCUCAACCUCAGCCCUGGGCUGCUCCCUGGAAACAAGGCUCCCCAGCAGGCUCUGGACAACCCUGCAAGGCACUUUGCAUCUCUGAACGCGUCUCAUCUGUGAAUUGGGGAGCAAGAGCCGCUCCCAUGCAGUGUUGCCAGGAAGAUUAAGUGGGUGAUGCUUAGCUGGCUCCUGUACACAUUCCUGACAAGAGAACGAAGUCGCUGGGCUAGGGGUCAGAGGAGGAAGGCGUUUUGCUGGAAAACUCGGUGAGGCUGGCCUUGAACCAUGAGUGGCUAACAGCGGCUGGCCCUGACCCAGCACCUGCAAAACCCGUGCUUCCCCUGCCACAGGGCCUUGAAUCCUUCCAACAUCCCUGAGUUACUGUUAUUACUCCCAUUUCACAGAUGAGGAAACUGAGGCUCGGAGAGGUCCAUGGCUUGCCCAAAGCCCCUCAGCCAGUAAGUGGUGGACCCGGGAUUCGCACUUGAACCUGAGACGCUGUAUUGACCGUGGCCUUCUCGAGAGCAGGAUUGUGACGGGGCUGACCAGGGGGACCGCGGUCCAGGCUGAGGGCACUGCUCAGGCAAAGGUGGGGAAAUUGAAAUCUGGAGAGGAGCUGGGUUCUGCGAGGAGAGGAUGGGUGUCGGUUGGGGUGCUAUGAGCAGACCUGAGCUGGUCCCCUCACAGCGGAGGCCACUGGGGCUGGGGCAGGAAGGAAGGGCUGCCCGGGGGUGCCUCGUCCCCUGAGGACCCCACACACCCUCUGAGGGUGGGGCUGUGAUUAUAGCCAUUUGACAGAUGAGUCCGUCUCCUUAACCCCUAAGGUAUUACUCGUUAAUUAAUGAAAUCAUUCGGCCAUCUUCCUGCACCCAUCUUCAGGGCUCUGGAGGCACAGCAGAGAAGGUGUGAGCACACAUCCCUGCCCCCUGGGUCACAUGCAGGACGCUGGCCACUGUCACUCAGCAGACGCCGGAGAGAGAUGAGUAGCAACAAAGAGCAGCGGUCAGCAGUGUUCGUGGGCCUCUUUGCUCUGGUCACCAUCCUCAUCCUCUACAGCUCCAGCAGCGCCGAGGUCUUCCGUCAUGGCCCCCUGCAGGGCCACAGUCGCCAGCCUGUCAACCUCAAGCAGUGGAGCAUCACCGAUGGCUAUGUCCCCAUUCUUGGCAACAAGAUGCUGCCCUCCAGGUGCCACCAGUGUGUGAUUGUCACCAGCUCCAGCCACCUGCUGGGCACCAAGCUGGGUCCCCAGAUUGAACGGGCCGAGUGCACAAUCCGCAUGAAUGAUGCACCCACUACGGGCUACUCAGCAGAUGUGGGCAACAAGACCACCUUCCGCGUGGUGGCCCAUUCCAGUGUAUACCGUGUGCUGAUGAGGCCCCAGGAGUUCCUCAACCGGACCCCCGAAACCGUGUUCAUCUUCUGGGGGCCCCCAGACAAGAUGCAGAAGCCCUGGGGCAGCCUUGUGGGCACCAUCCAGAAGGCAGGCCUGGCGUUCCCCAACCUGGAGGCCUACGCCGUCUCUCCCGGCCGCAUGCGCCAAUUUGACGACCUCUUCCGGGGUGAGACAGGCAAGGACAGGGAAAAGUCCCAUUCGUGGUUGAGCACAGGCUGGUUCACCAUGGUGAUUGCGGUGGAGUUGUGUGACCAAGUGCACGUCUAUGGCAUGGUCCCCCCCGACUACUGCAGGAGGCAGCGGUCCCGCCUGCAGAACAUGCCCUACCACUACUAUGAGCCCAGGGGGCCCGACGAGUGUGUCACCUACAUCCAGAACGAGCACAGCCACAGGGGCAACCACCACCGCUUCAUCACCGAGAAGAGGGUCUUCUCGUCCUGGGCUCACCUGUAUGGGAUCACCUUCUCCCACCCCUCCUGGACCUAGGCUGCCCUGCCUGUGAGGCCCUCUUGAGGGACACAGGAGAAGUGGCUCUGGGCCCAGCCACUCCACCAAGGGCCUUCUCUUGGCCAAUCAAGGCUGGCCGGAGUGUCUUCUGACCAAUAAGGGCCUUGAAGAAGGUGUAUCCUCCAGCCAGUCAGGCCUGGGGACAUCUCGUGGCCAUUCAGGGAUUUGGGCUUCUAUGUGGUUAAUCAGGGGUGUCGGGAUUUCUUGUCUAGUCAGGGUCUGAGCAUAGUCAAUCAGGGUAUUUCUGAAAAAUGUGAGGCCAAGGAUGUGUCCUUUCCCAUGAGGCCUUGGUUCAGAGCCCCAGGAUCAUCCCCAAAUCAUUUCCUAUUGGCUGGGACAAUGGGGUCCUCUUCCAAGGACCUGGAAGCUUUGUGUUGCCCCCCCCUCACUUCCCAGAGCCAGAAAGAAAGGUUGCCUGGGGAGUGGGAACUGUCUGGAGGCCAGGCUGGGGCAUUUAUGGGAUUGGAGGGUCCCCGAGGUAGGGGGCCAGUGCCUGGGUCUUGGCUCUGCCCUGAGAGGCCUUGGACAAACCCCUUGUCUGCCUCUCUGGCAUCCUGUCCAUGUCAGGUCUAAUGUGACGUCUUCGACCCCUUCCCACCUCCCCCACUGACUGCCUUGGGUCCAUCCUCCGUAACGCUGGACCCCUCCGGCCCCUACCCGUCAGCUCCCUAGGGGCCUGGGGUUCCCUUCCCCACCUCCUGGAGAUGAGGGUAUUUUUGUGCAAACUCCCAGGUGAGGCUUUCCACUUGUUGGAGGAGACUUUGGGGCUGAGAAAUGGGAGGGGGGGGGAUCAGCCAAACUGAGGUUUCAAGCAGCUGCUUUGUUUGCAGCUGCUAGAGUCGUCCAAGAGUCUCCCUCCAGCUAGGCCUGGGAAAGCUCUAGGGGUCUGGGAACUGUGUUCCCUGGGUCCUGUCCCCCCUCACUCUUUAUCAGGCACUUUAUUGCUGGGCCCAGUGGGGUGGGUUGCCCCUGCUCUUCUGGAGCCUGGAAGGGAAGACUAGAGGGCUUCCUGGAGGUGGCUGUGGAAUAGGAGGGGCCGGUAGAGGAGGAGGCCGGCAGCAAGCCAUUGCACAUUGGGGUGGGGGCUGGGGGCUGGUGACUCCCCCAGACUUGGUUUUGUAAUGAUUUGUACAGGAAUAAAUGUACCUAAGCAGCA